AUGGCGCCAUUCGACUGUGCUGAGUACAAUGAGUUUAUUGCAUAUCUUUAUCGGAAUUCAUUGCAGGCCCGAGGAAUCGACAACUGCCUGAGUCUUCCACGAAUGCUCUUCACAUGCCAGUCUUUUGGUGGGAACGCUUUUGACCUUCGCCGGAGGAAGCUGAUGGAGCAGCUGAUUGAUCGUUUGGUCAAAGACAGCAUGAUUACUGUUCAUGCCGAUCCUGCUAGGGAAGGAAGGACUCUGUAUAAGUGGGAAACAUCGUUCUACUCUCGUGUAAAUGAUAUUCUAAAGCCACGAAAUUCGGGGUCUAGAACUGGUUGGGUGCAUUUGUUUUUGCAUGAAGUUUCUGAUACUCACCCAUCCGUUCAAAAUGCGAUGGAACACCUCGAACUGUUCCUCAACACGCGAUCACAGGUCGACAAAUGGUCUCAAACACCCCAUUCGACACGUGCACAACAACGCUCUCCACCACUCUUUUCCAUAUCUACAACCCCAGUUAUAGACAAGCAACAAGAGCGACCCUUCCUUGCAGCCAGCCCUGCUACACCUCGAAGCUCCUUGAAACGACCAAGAUCACGCAGUGACGCAAGUAGCGCUCCAUCAUCUGCAACUCGUCCAGUCCCGCACGACGAUGAUACGAUCGUGGUUGAAACCCACGAAAAGGAAAACGAGGGCGAACAUCGAUCUGAGAAUUUGGACGAUAGGGAUAAGGGAGAUGAGGACCAGGACCACACUUUACUGGAUCAUAUCCUCAGCAGACUACAACCAAUCCCAAAACUGCAGACGAUCUCUGAGCUGCUUCAGGACGAAAUGGACACCAUGUCAAGAAACUACAGGUCUCAGGAUACACGCAUUAAAUCUCUGGAAACGGACUUGCGGACAAUCGAUGAGAGACAUGUGCUCGGAUUAGACAACUUGCAUGGAAACUACACUUCACAGAAUGAACGCGUCAAGUCUUUGGAAAGAGCAAGGGAGACCCAGUCGGAUGUACUCUCGAAGACUGAAGGAUCCCUCGCCAAGGUAGAAGCCAAACUGAUAGCCGUCGAAGAACGGGUUUCCAAGGAAAUCUCUAACAUGAGGAUCGACAGGCAAAGCCAGAAUCUGGAUGCUUCAGCGGGGAAGUCAGGUUCGUACGACAAGAUCAAAGCAAGAUGCCGAAAAGUCGAGGAACGGCUGAUGACCUUGGACCAACGUACAACGGCGGAACGAAGUCUAUAUCGGCUUCUCGACAGCAACACGAAAUAUACACGAGAGUUAAACGACGGGGUGAAUACUUGGAAAAAACAGUGCGACAAGGAAUACUCGGAGGCCAAGCUUCUCAAGGAGCAAGUGCAGACGCUGGAGGAGCGUUCAUCAGCAAUGGAGAAAAUGAUUCGAGAUCAGCAGGGUCUGAUUGUGGAAUUGGCUUCUCAGCUUCGUGUUCAACGGACCAGCAAGAUACCAGAAGCCUCAAUUGGGGACUUCUGA